CUUAUUAAAUAGAUAGAGCUUGUUGUGUUGAUGGACGUGAAACAGUUGAUAGCGAAGGGCGAGGAUGUGGCGGACCAGGUGUUGCGACAAAGCAAACACGUGAUGCCCCACGUGGCCAGAGUAUUCCUACUCAGCACAUUCAUCGAGGACGGGUUCCGAAUGUGGUUUCAAUGGGGCGAACAGAAGGAUUACAUGAACAGUGUUUGGAACUGUGGUGAGUUCUUGGGCCACGUGUUCGUGUUUGUCAACUUAGUGGGCCAACUCAUCCCCAGUGGAUUCAUCAUAUCCAGAAAGUUCGCAGAGUACAAUCUAUACGUGCUGUUUAGCAUUGUAGUUAUACAGACAUUCGCAUACCACAUCAUUUACGAAGUCAGAUUUCUUAUGAGGAAUUUAGCGUUAAUCGGCGGUCUUUUGCUGCUGAUGGCCGAGUGCAAACACGAGUCGAAGAGUCUGUUCGCGGGCAUUCCUUCCAUGAACUCCUCCAUGCAGCCCAAGACAUACUUCCAACUCACUGGUCGAAUCCUCCUCAUCCUCAUGUUCAUCAGUCUGUUCCACUUCGACCUACACGUUAUUAGACUCCUGGUCAUGGUGUUCGAAGCAGCCCUGAUGACUUUAGUAGCUGUGGGUUACAAGACAAAACUAUCCGCACUCAUUCUCUCUGUAUGGCUGUUUCUAAUGAACUUUUACUUCAACAACUUCUGGUCAGUACCAUACGGAAGAGUCUAUCGAGAUUUCCUCAAGUAUGACUUUUUCCAGACCCUUUCAAUAGUUGGGGGACUUCUAAUGGUCGUCGCCCUAGGCCCUGGAGGCGUUAGCAUGGAUGAGCAGAAAAAGAAAUGGUAGUUUGAUCACAAAGUUAUUCACGCUUUGCAUAAGCGCGGGCUUAGUGCGUAAUAGUUCAACAAAAUGAGGGUCUUUUUACUAAUUCAGACCAGAUUCGGAGGUCUGAAAAUUUGCAAAUAAAUUAAGUUUCAUGAAUCUGAUUACUUGAACGUAAUCGAGGGGUGAAAUUUUCGAAACAAUGUUAAGCAAAUGAGAUUCGAUCUGAUCUAUUAAAUAAUUUUGGAAGGAACUAGUAAAUUGACCUAAAAACGUAACUUAGUCAAGAAAUACCCAAUAAUUACAUGUACAUAUUAUUUGUUUUAUCAUGUGGAAAAGUGUCUAUAAAUCUCAUUUUAUGAACAUAUAAUACCAAGUCAACAGAAGUUUUUACAGGGUUGAAACUUUUUUGCUGAAUAUUUAUGCAAUUUUGUUGACUAUUCUACUAAGUCUGAUGUUAAUGUAACUUGGUGAGUAAUCCACUAAGUUUGGUCGAUAUUAUUCUUCAUAUUUGCGUUUUGUGCUUAAAUUGUAGCCUGAGCUUACGUGCAGCAAUUCUUGGUUAUAUAAUGAAUUAUCAGUUUCAUAAACAGUAGAAAUGGAGUCUUAUUAUUAUUUUUUCUAGGUCGUUGAUCAUGAAGGAUCUGGGUAUAAAAAUUAUUCUGACCGAGUUUAUUGUUUGUGUAAUGAAAGUGCACAAAUAUAUUUAUGAUAUGUGUUUUAUUGCAUAUGCCGUGCCAUUAAUGUUUGAGAUGUGUUAAAAUUGUGGUUGAAGUGUCGCUUUUUUUAAAACGGGCUCAGUUGUUUAUAUAAAUUAAUUGUUCAUCAAUAUCACUGUUGCAGUUAAACUUUAGUACUUUAAUGUUGAAUUCAAAGUUUAAAUCAAUUGAUAUGCUACCUUUUUGUCCCAGGCGAAUUUAUGAUAAAUGGUUUCUCGAAUGUAUUGUCAUAUUCGCUGGAAAAUAAAUAUUUAGAAGUGAA